GCUAAUCUUAGCUCGGUCAAGUUAACUACCUUAGUCCACUAGUUUUUUCUCCUUUUUCCUGCUCGAAGAACAUCAACAUGUCUAAAGCUGUGUAUCCCCGAGAAAGUGUCUACAAUCUCGUUCCAAAGGAAGAGGUUCAUCUGCAAAAAACCCAAAGGUAUGUGUCGAAGUUUAGGCCGACAGUUGUUCUUGAGAAAAAGUCCACCAAGGAUGCAAUGAGGACGAUGGGACCAGCAAAAGUAGAGGUACCAACCCCUGAGAAAUACCUCAAGAAGCAUUCAAAAGAGCCCAAAUUACCUGAACAGGUGCAGAAAGAGGUUGGUAACAGCUACACUAUGAGGAAAUCAGCUGUUCCUGCAAGGACAGACAACCCACCAAUGGGCUUUCAAACCCAGAGAGACUUUAUAAAGACAGCUACAGCGGUGCCAAUGAAGCCCAAGCCUACAUCUGUGGACACCAGUAAGGGACACAAGCAGCUCCUUGAGAAUUCAGGACUUGUCCCUAAAUACAUUAAGAAAAAGCAUUAUGGAGAAGUUCCUGAGUAUCUGCAGCAGCGCAAUGAAGAAGAGCAGAGAGCUCAGGAGGAGUACGACAUGUUUGUGGAAGAACAGAGGGAGCAGGGAGCCAUGAAACAUCUGUCGGAUGAGGAGAGACACAUCGUCCUGGAGGGCCUGAAGAAGAAUUGGGAUGAGCUGCACCAUGACUACCAGGGCCUGUCACUGGUCACAGACAACCUGUCCAAGAAGGCCCGCAGGGACAGUCUAUGGGCGGCGAUGAGGCAGCUAGAGAAUGACAUCAAACUCAUUGAGAGGUUCAAGACCAUCUACAUACCCAGUUACUAAUAGGACAUACAAAUCUUCAUUAAAUCAGAUGUGCUGCACUGUUUGUUUUCAUACUCCCCCCUUCAAAUAUGACAUGGGCUUUAGUAAAAUACAGUUCUGUGUUUGCAUAUUUUUGUGAUAUGUCAUUUAAUCAAUGACAUUUAUAUACAUUUCUAUCCCCAAAUUAUUGUCAUUCAGAAAAACCUUCUGUGGAAUAUGUUACUUAUUAUGAACACAUUGAAUAGCAGUCUUCUCAGUCAUUGAGAUAUUUCACUGGACUAUUGCCAUUUUAAGGUCCACCUACA